CUCUGACAGGUUUCACUUCUCUUUGAACCAACAGCUACAAACAGUGUGUUGAGCGUGGUUUAAUGAGAGGGUUUUUACUCUCCUGAAACUCUUUCAGGACAGCUGAAUGAUGAGAGAGCAGAGCAAAUCUCAAAGGUGAACCAUGGAGCUGCUCAGCUGUCCUGCUCCAGUGGUGAUUCAGGACUCUCAUCUGACGGGCUGGGAGGUGAAAGGAUCCGGAGGGUUCGGACAGGUCUACAAAGCCCGGCACCAGCAGUGGUGCUGCGAUGUGGCAAUUAAAGUGCUUCAUUAUGACAAUGGGACCAGCCAGGCUUUGCUGAGGGAAUUGGCCAUGAUGCGUCAGGGAGCCAACCCUUAUGUCAUACACGUCCAUGGGAUUUUUCAGGGUCGAUUGCCUUCUUCUGGACCAACAACACAGCUGGGGUUGGUCAUGGAGUUCAUGGAGAGAGGAUGUCUGACCAACCUUCAGACUUUACAAGGACCUCCACCCUGGCCGCUGGCUUUCAGACUGACUCACCAGGUGGCUCUGGGUAUAAACUUCCUACACAGUCUGUCACCUGCUGUGCUGCACUUAGACCUGAAGCCAAGCAACGUACUGCUGGACUUCAAUUUGAACGCCAAGCUCACAGAUUUUGGCCUUGCAAGGUUUUCCAGCAGCGUCACACGAGUUUCCAAGAAAGACAGUGAAGAGGAAGGAGGAACUCUCAGCUACAUGCCUCCAGAGGCGUUUGAGGUUUCAUACGAUCCAACAAGGGCCUCUGAUAUCUACAGCUAUGGUAUACUUCUGUGGUCCAUUGUCACAGGAAAACAGCCAUAUGCAAAUGCCAGGUCCACCAUAGUGCGUUUACGCAUCCCGCAGGGAGACCGUCCGUCUCUAGAUGAGAUAAGGUGUCAGGCUGCAGGAGUGGCAGGACUGACGACCCUCAUCAACCUCAUGCAGCGAUGCUGGCACACAAAUCCCAACCAGAGGCCUUGCUCCCGUGAAUGCACAACUGAGACAGAAGAAUUGCACAAGUUACACAAGCACACAAUCCAUGAUGCCGUCCAUCAGGUCCUAAAGAAACUGGACCAAUAUGAGGAAGAAAUCAUUUCUGAGCAGACUACCAGGAUUUCCAUUUCAGAGAGUGACGUUGUUGCAGCAGUGGCCCCAAGACUCCAUGCUUCUCCUGACAUUGUGAAGACGGGACCUCCACCGGUUCAGGAAAUGGUUGGCGGUGAGCGAGAAAAUCAAAGACACAAUGCACCGGUUGAAAAUUUAUCACCUGGCCACGCUAAAAUCAUGUGUGAAGUUGACUCGGGUCCCUCAGCAACGGCCCAGAUAACCAACCAAUCCUCUGUAGAACCUAUGACGGUGUCCUCCCAGGCUUCCCUGCCACAGCCCACAGCCAAAGCAACAAGGCUGAAGGACAUAAAGCAGUCUAAUUACCAGCGUCAGAUUUCCAGUCCGGAAAGCUUCCCCAGCCGACCGUCACCGCCUCAGGCAUUCUACGUUCAAUACUCCAAUGUGUCUAAUGCUCAGUUUGGAAACAACAACAAAAUGUACAUUUACUCCUCUGGCUCCUCUGAGAGGAAGAGGCACCCAACAGCGCCAUCUAUUGUUAGCUCCACACAACGCUGAGUUGACUUUCUUUGUCUGGAGUUUCUGGAACUAUUUUUAUUUUCCUUUUCCUAUUUGACCCUUUUUAUAUCAGUUAUUUAUUUUUUUAUUUUUUAUUUUUUGCAUGAAUGUAUUGACGGCCUUUUCAGAGAGCCUUCUGUCAGCUUUUGCUUCUGCUUCCUUUGUUUGGAAUUUUGUUUAACCAGCAAGAAAAAAAAAUAAUCUCCCGUCCAGCAUUUUGCACAUUCAGCAUCAUAAAAACAAGCCAAGACUGCUGUUUUUUUUUCUUCACCAAAUGUGGUCAGAAAAUAUCUAUAGUAACAGAGGCCAGCAUGCCUAAAGAUGCCAGAGCUUGCCUUCACUACCAGCUGACUAUGAUUUAAAAAAGUAAGCGCCUGUUUUGACACUUUUCAGAAUUUACAUUUAGUGAAAGAUAACAUAAGCAGUAGAUUUCUUCCCAUUUUAGUUCAUUAUUACUGCAAAAAUACACAUUUCUGAGGAAAAUAUUAUCCUACACUAUGUAAUUUAAAGGUACAGAUGCUAUUUUUGGAAUGCAUUGCAUAAUGUUGCUUUUUAAUUUUGGAACUGCCGGAUACAGUUCCAGUUUUUAUGAAGUGUUUGAUAAUGUGCAGAAUUUCUAAUCUGUUAUGUUCAGAUAUGAUGUUGAUCUCUUUUUCUUUUCUAUAAACUUGUACAGAAGAAGCAAUGCUAAGUUUGCUUUUAAAAUCAAAAUGUCAAAACACUGUAGCUUCAGUGAAGUGAUGCAGCAAGUGUAUGUAAAAUAUUUUUAUGGUACAUUGUUAAAGGUGAUGUUCUCUUCUAAAAUUUUGGGAGUUUUCAGCUUUGUAUAAAAGGGAUUUUUUUUGUGUGUGUGGAAGUAAAACUUUUUAGAUCAAAGUUACAAUUGAGAAAAAAUAUCACAGUAAUGUCCCAUUGCAUAGGUUAAUGUAACCACAUCCUUUAUUAAGAUGCUAAAAGUGAACAACUGAAAUCAGGUCUCGCAUCUUAUAAAAUAAGGAGUUUACUGUGAUUCAUAAAAUGCAAUAAAAUUGUGUUUAGAUGUGUUUUAAUGUACUUACUUUUGUUUGUUUAACGUAUGGUGGUCCAUCUGGAAAGGA